AUGAUUAUUCUUCGUGAGAUCGAAUAUCUCCUGGCAAUUGUGCUUCUCAUUAUCAAUAUUUCAGGCACUAUCUUUGCAAAGAAAUUAAAUGAUAAUCAAGAUUUCAUUUCAAAUCCAUCAUUCGAUGAAGAUGCUUAUUACGAUGGUGACCGAGAGACACCGCAGCAAAUCGAACCAUCUCAUCUGAUCGACUGUUCAAUUCAAUGUCCACCCCAUUGGACUGAACCUGUUGUACAACAAAAGCAAACGUUAGUCUAUCCAACAUCUGCAACAGUAUCGCUCAAAUGUCCGUAUCAAGCAAAGCCAAAAGCGAAAAUAACCUGGCUAAAAGAUGGACAACUAUUCACACCGGAGUUGACUGAAUUGUUUAUAAUUGAAAACGCGUAUUUGAAUAUAACGAAAGCGACAAUGUACGAUGCAGGAUUGUAUACAUGUGUGGUGGAAAAUAGUUUAGGAAAUAUAAGUCGAUCAUUUCAAUUGAUUGUUCAAGGCCGAAGUCUUGAUCGUCCUGUAUUUAUAUCUAAGACAGCAAAUCUAACACGAUAUGAAGGAGAUAAUGUUACAUUCGAAUGUUUAUUCUAUUCGGAUUCAAGUCCGUUCGUUCAGUGGUUCGUUCGACGACCAGGAAGGAAAGCCGACGACAAUGAAUUAGAAUUCAUUAAGGACUAUAACCCACACACAAUGACCGAAGAUGAAGUCAAAUUACUAAAUAUCAAAAAAGUUCAACAAAACGACACAGGUGCUUAUCUCUGUCGAGUUUUGAACGAAUAUGGUUUUGCUGAUUUGGUUCACUAUCUUGUUGUUUUACCUGUUGCUCAACGUCCAUCAGUGUUAAAGAAUUUUCCGACCGGCAUACGCAAUUACAUAUCGAAUCGAUUAGCUGAUGAGUUGAUUAUCACAAUUGCUGCUAUAAUCGCGAUUCUAUUAUUCGCAUUUAUAUGUUUUCUGGUUUAUCAUUAUCGAAAUCAAAAGAGUUUACGACAAACGUUGUUAGCGACGCGAAUUCUAGCGACAAGAGGAAUCAGUAAUUUGAAAAGCAAUCAACUCUAUCGAAGUGAUAUUGAUCAGAAAACGAAAAAACCAUUGAUUGAAGAUGGUUGUCGUCGUUUUCCAACCGAAGGGACAAUCUCGACAAUUAUUUCUUCCUAUUACGAUGAUCAAUGUGAAUUUCCUCGAGAAAAUCUUACUAUUGGUCAUUUGAUUGGUAAAGGUGCGUUUGGAUUUGUUUAUCAAGGAAUUGCAAAAACCAUUAAAUCUGAGGAAAAAGCUACAACAGUUGCAAUAAAAACUGUCCGAGAUGAUGCAACAUCGGACGAAAUUGAAAAUUUGCUUAAAGAAUUAUCUGUAAUGAAAAUGGUUGGUCAACAUAUGAAUAUAAUUUCAUUACUUGGUUGUUGUACACAAGGAGGACAAGUUAUGUUAAUUGUUGAGUACGCUAAAUAUGGUAACUUACGUGAUUACUUACGUCGGAAACGUCCUCCUGGACAUGUUCUUUCGGGUUCAUUUGAACAUGAUGAAAAUGAUGAAUCAUACAAACAUGAUGAUAAGGACGAGUUGAUACGUUCACUAACCACCAUCGAUUUGAUCGUAUUUUCACUACAAGUCGCUUCGGGAAUGGAAUAUUUACAUUCGAAAAAAUGCAUCCAUCGUGAUCUCGCUGCUCGAAACGUUCUACUGGCUGAAAAUCGUAUUUGUAAAAUAGCGGAUUUCGGUUUAGCACGAGACUUAACCCAAACAUAUUACUAUCGAAAACAAACCGAUGGUCGUGUGCCAGUCAAAUGGAUGAGUCCUGAGGCAUUAUUCGAUCGAAAAUUCUCGACUAAGAGCGAUGUUUGGUCAUUUGCAAUCUUAGCAUGGGAAAUCAUGACUUAUGGCGGUACACCCUAUCCAUCAAUAGCAGCGGAGAAACUCUUCGACUAUCUCAAAACUGGAAACCGAAUGACUCAACCAUCAAAUUGUCCACAGGAAAUUUUUCAACUGAUUGAAUCAUGUUGGACAUUCAAAGAAAGCCUUCGACCAACAUUUACUCAAAUCUGUGAAAGUCUCCGGCGAUAUCUUUACGGUUCAUCGCCAAUCGAUUAUUCGGAUUUAGAUUAUGUAGAUCUACCAUCGAUGUCCUCACCUUCUAUGAGUGAUUUUGCUUCGACAACGAUCUUACCUGCAUCAACAUCGGGUAUUGCAACUGAUACAAAUAGUCAUAGUCAAACAACAACAGCAACCACAUCCUCAUCAUCACUUUCAUAA